UAUAAAGUUGCAAAUAAAAAAAAAAGAGAAUAAUAAGAAGAUAAUAGACGGUGCAAAAAUGGCGGAAGGAAGCUCCGGCACCGAUAUCCAGAGAAUACUCGCCGCCGUUAAAUCCUCCGAGGUUGUUGAAGAUCGUGUUCAAUUGUUUACUGAUUUAGGAAAUUUGAGCUUGAAGGACGAAUCUGAGUCCAAUCAUGCUUCCGUCAUGAAUUGCCUUGUAAACUAUUGGGAAAAUUACACAUGUUUGGAUGCUACCCAAUGCAUGCUAAAUAGAAGCAUUCUGCAGGUCGCUUUAAAAAAUAUAGAUUUUACCCUACCUAGUUGUUUACUGCAAACUCUCACUCUUGGAGUCAAGGCUAAUAUUUGGUGUGGCAAGCAUCUAAAAAUGACUCUUUUGUCGACAGAAGAAUCUCAGGAAGAUGAACACAACUCUGUAUUUUACCAGCUUCUUUUGGAGAUCCUAAGAUUUUCCGAAUCAACUUUUUCAGCCUUGUUGAAAUUCACCGAUAUUAACAAGGAAUUGAUGGACAAUGCUGAAACCUUCCUUAUAGAAGUGUUAAAUCUAACUAAAGAUUCUAUAUCAGAAGCCAAGAAAAUUCAAUCAUUUGGAUCAGAGAUAUUGAAGGUCGCACACAUGGUCAUUGAUGUUGUUGUAAAACUAUGCAAGGUUCGUUCUGAAUUAAUAAACUGGGAGGCUUGUGAUAAAAAACAUCUGAUGAUGGACAAACCUACUAAUGUUGGCCAUACUAUCAACAUAACAAAAUACACAAUAGAAAAGCUGACUCAAAUUGGUGUUCUUGCUGCAAAAGAUGGUGGCAGUUUAGUCAAUAUUCUCAGUAUCUCUUGGAAAGGCGUUGUUUCUUUGCUUCAAAUUGGUGGGGGACAUUUUACAGAAGUCAAUAUAGCAAAUAUUGUGGUAUCUUUGCUUGCAUUAAUAACUGAGCCUUUGAAAUUUGCUGCUGAGGUUUGGUCAUCAUCACUGAAUGACACCAUUUCUGUAACUGAAGCUAAAAGGAUAUUUGUGCCAGUGAAAUUUUACCUGAUUAAUGCUGUCAAAAUAUGUUCACUGUAUCCUCAUCAGACCUACACAGUGUACCGGGAGAUUACACACUGUGUUCUCACUAUCACUUCUUUUUGGAUUUUUGCAAAUAAUGAAAAUCUUCUUAAAAAUGCAUCUGCAGUAAUUGUGGAGCUAUUGGAGGAUACAACAUUGGAUUUGGUGUUGUCUUUGCUAAAUUCUGAUAACCUAAAACUGGAACAGAAGCUCGAGGUAGUGGAAUGGCUGUUCUUUAAUGAAGGAGAUUUUCUUUCUGGCCUUGAUGGUCCAACAUCAGUUGAUUGUAACUUUACAUCGGUUAACAAAAUAUUUUUAAGUAGUUGUGAAGGCAUAAGCAGAUCAAGAGUACUAAUAUUUGGCCGAGUUGUAUUGUUUAUUAACUUCCUUAAAUAUUCUCUCAAGCUUGAUGAAGAUGUGAAAGUAGCAAUUACUCAGAAGCUUAAUUGGUUUUUGGAUAUUUUAGUUGAUGAAAAUGUAUAUUCUUAUAUGCUUGUUUUGCAACUUCCAUCAUUAUCUGGCUCUGGAAAAACAGCUGAACUGGUGUGGCAGCCUAUGUUCACUAUCCUCUUGCAAGCAUUCAAAACCUUCAUGAUUGUGAUCUCUUCAAGUACAGCUUGGGCGGAGUUUGAGUCCUUCUUACUAGAGAAUUUCUUUCACCCUCACUUCCUUUGUUGGGAGAUUGUGAUGGAAUGCUGGUGCUUUGUACUGCAAAAUGCUGAAACCCAAAUGACAAACAACAUAAUUAGCAAAUUAUGUUCAUUACUUAAGCUGCUGGGAUCCUCCGACUCGGUUUUCCUUCCUCAUUCUCCCUUCAGGAAAAUGACAAGAUCAAUUUGCUUGCUUCUAACCCGUUGUGAAAAAUCAGUGGUUGAUGAGGUGUUCAUGUCUAUUGUUGGCGAUGGGAGAUCACAAUUGUCAUUAGUUUUAUAUUUGGCUCUGUUCGUUGAAGGGUUUUCGCUUGAUUUGCUGUCGGAUGAGUUGAGAAAAACUUCCAUUGAAAGAAUUAUAUCCGAUUAUUUUGACUUCAUCGACAAAUUUGAUGAAGCUUCAUUGAUGGGAUGCGCCUCUGGUUUGUUUGGCAUUCCAGUUUUUAUUCUUUCUGCUGCUUUGCAAUCUUUUUUGCAAUCACUUCUUCUUGAUCGUAAGGAUCAAUCUAAGUUGGAAGUAAAAAUCAGAAAUGAGUUUGAUCUCCCACAUGCAUGGUUCAAUCUGACUUGCCAGGAUAGGCCAACUGAGAUUGAUGCAAGGACCUUGAAGUUUUUGGUUUCAAUUAGUUCUAACUACAAAAGUACUGUAGACAAAGAAAUAAAGGAUCAUUCUCUUCGGCUUUUUGGUGAAAUUCUAGUGAUCGUUUCAUAUCUGAAACAACUGUACAUAUCAAAUGAUAUUGAACAGGCCAUAAUGAAGAUUGAAAAUAUCUUUAUCACUGAGCCUCCAGCCAUAAUGUACAAAUGCAAACCGCAUUUGGCUCAGUUCCUCACCGGACUUGUUCACAUGAAAUUUUCAGAAAGUGAUGAUUGUGAUGCAAAAAGUCGUGCUGCAUGGGAAUUAUUUCACUUGAUCUUGAGAGAGCGGCACUGGGCAUUCACUCACUUGGCAAUAGCCGCAUUUGGACGUUAUUGUGCUGGCACAACGUGCACUCAACUAUGGAGAUUUGUUCCAGAGGAUGCAGCACUUUCAUAUGAUGUAGUUUCAGGAACAGAGGCAACCAAAGAGGGACUUAUGGCUGAGCUUAAAGCAUUUCUUAAUAAGGAAAAUGCUCUUCUGACAGUUGCACCAAGUCCUGAACAGCUUGAGCUGCUACAAAGAGAAGGUCUUAUACUAAAACAGAUGAUCCAUAACAUUUCAGUCAAUGCUGAACAGAGAGAGGAAUGUGAGAGUAUGGAAAUUGAUGACAAGAUCCAAUCAAAUAGCAUGGAAGUUGAUGACAUGAACCAAACAAAUAGAAAAAGGAAACUUCCGGAUGGAAUUAGCAAAGGAGUGGAAUUGCUGAGAAGUGGUUUGAAAAUUAUUAGCGAUGGUCUUUCAGAGUGGCAGCUUAAUCAACUUGAAACCAAUGAACUGCAUAUCAAGUAUUCCACUCAGUUUUCUCAACUUGAAGACGCUAUUACACACUUUGAGGAAUUGGCUGGGAGUGAUGAGGUAUGUUUAUCUCCUAUUCGGAGCAAUUUCCGUGGUUGAUUACCUGUUGAUGCAUAUUUUCUUGUAAAAAAAUCUGAUACAUCAACAAAAUAUACUGUAUGAUUCUGAAGUUCAGCAAAGCUUAGCAUUUAUUUAGUAACGAUCCUCUCCAUUCCUAAUUCUUGAUGUUUAAGUUUACUGCACACAUUAAUAAAUAAAUAU